AGGCUUGCGCGCAGGCCCCGCGUUGGAAAAUGGCGGGGAAGCUGAAACCUCUGAGUGUGGAGGCGCCGGAAGCCGCCAAGGAGGCUGAAGGGCAAGCCGAGUCUUUGAAGACUGAAGAAUUGCUGGCAAUGGUGAUAAAGCUGCAGAAAGAGGGAAGCCUGGAGCCACAGAUAGAGGACCUGAUUAGCCGGAUUAACGAGCUUCAGCAAGCAAAGAAGAAAUCCACUGAGGAACUGAGAGAGACCCACCCUCUCUGGGAGGCCCUGCAUAGGGAAUUAGACUCCUUGAAUGGAGAGAAAGUGCACCUAGAGGAGGUCUUGAGCAAAAAGCAAGAGGAACUGAGGAUCCUCCGGAUGCACUGCCAAGAGAAGGAAAGUGAGGCUCACAGGUUGGAUGUCAAAGGUCAGCUGGAGGAUCUGAUGGGCCAGCACAAGGACCUCUGGGAAUUCCACAUGCUGGAGCAGCGACUGGCCCGGGAGAUCCGUGCCCUGGAGAGGAGCAAGGAGCAGCUGCUCUCGGAGAGGAGGCUGGUGCGCGCCAAGCUGCGGGAGGUGGAGCCGCGGCUGCGCUCGCCGCCUGUGGUCGAGGGCGCCAGGGCGGUGAAUGACAGGCUUAAGGCAGAGUUGGAGAUACUCGGGGAGCAGGUCCAGAGCGCCCCCGAGGUCGGGGCCGGCGAGGGAGAGGCGGGACCUGAGCUCCCCCGCUCCCGCGACGAGGAGGAUCCGGAGCCGCCGGUGGCUGCCCCUGACGCCCUCUAGGCCAGCAGGACCCGCCUGGUCCCGACCCUCCCUCGAGACCUGCCAAGAAAUAAAGGCAGUGAUUUCUGACCAUA